AUGCCAGUCCAUUGUUGGACAGAUUCGAGUAUUGUGCUUGCUUGGUUAAACAAGCACCCAUCUCACUGGAAAACUUUCGUCUCGCAUCGCGUAACAGAGAUUCAAACACGAGUAUCUGAUGGCAUUUGGCAUCAUGUCAGUACACAUGAAAAUCCCGCUGACUGUGCAUCUCGCGGUUUACUCGGCACAGAAUUGAGCGCCUUCGACAUUUGGUGGCGCGGACCUUCCUGGUUGAGUCUUAAACAGGAUGAUUGGCCCACAUUCACAAUAACGCCGAUAGACGAAACACAGUUAGAAGAAAAACCGUGUCAAGUGCAUCAAGUGAACGCUAAUGAACCGUGGAAUCUCACUACUCGAUAUUCAUGGUGGCCGAAAUUAAUACGUAUUACCGCCUACAUUUACCGUUUCAUAAGGAAGUGUAGAAAGAAACACACAAUAGAAUCGAACAACAAGUCUCAAUCUCACGCUCUUACUACAGUUGAAUUCAACGAAGCACGAAACUUCUGGCUGAACUUCAUUCAGUUAGAACUAUUCGAAAACGAGCUCCAUAAUUUAAAGUCAAACAAACCGUUGCCUACUCACAGUCCAAUUCUCUCAUUAAAUCCGUUCCUGGAUUCUGACGGUCUAAUUCGCGUUGGGGGGCGAUUAGAACACUCGUCAUUAUCUUUCCAGUCCAAGCAUCCAAUCUUAUUAGCCAACCAUACGAUCACUACCAUGAUCAUCCGUUAUACGCAUGUUGUAUCUCUCCAUGCCGGUCUUCAAUCCACUCUUUCAAAACUUAGACAAGAGUUUUGGAUUUUGAGAGCAAGAAGUCUAGUAAAGUCGGUUAUUUAUAAAUGUGUUCCGUGUACAAGAGAAAAGGCUCAAGUAGCUAGUCAGCUGAUGGGCCAGCUACCUACAAGUCGUGUUUCGGCGCCCUCUCGAGCGUUUCUACAUAGCGGUGUCGACUACGCCGGACCAGUCUUCACACGUGCUUCAGCCGGCCGAGGAAUUACCUCGCGAAAGGCCUACAUAGCACUCUUUAUUUGUUUAGCCACACGCGCUAUUCAUCUCGAACUGGUUAGUGAUUACUCGACUGCUGCCUUUCUUAACGCUUUUCAAAGAUUUUGUGCGCGACGUGGAUUACCAGAGGUCAUGUACUCGGACAAUGGUACUACGUUCGCAGGAGCAGACAAGGAGUUGUCGCAAGCGUAUCGAGACGCUCAAAGCGAUGUUAACUUUCUCAACUUCAUCGUGUCAGAUAACAUCACAUGGAGUUUUAUCCCUCCCCAUGCUCCACACUUCGGUGGAUUGUGGGAGGCAGGGGUCAAAAGCGUUAAAUACCACCUUCGUAGGAUAUUAGGAAAUCACACCCUCACUUUCGAGGAACUUACUACCGUGCUUUGUAAAGUUGAAGCAUGCUUAAAUUCAAGGCCCCUGUGCCCAUUGACUGAUUCGAUUGACGAUUUUGAAGUGCUCACUCCGGGUCACUUUUUGAUUGGAUCGGCAAUCACAAUCAAUCCAGAACCUUCUGUUCUGCAAAUCAAUGAAAACAGACUGUCACGGUGGCAGUUGUUGCGACAGAUCACGGAGCGUUUUUGGAAGCAUUGGCACGCCGACUAUAUUAACACGCUUCAACAGCGAACUAAGUGGCGAAAGGCAAAGUCACUUAUCCAUAUCGGUUCCAUGGUUCUGAUUCAAAAUCCUCUUCUUCCUCCUUGCAAAUGGGAACUCGGACGCGUAAUCCACUGUCAACCAGGCUCUGACGGAUUAAUUCGAGUAGUUUCCGUCAAAACAGCGAACUCGGAAUAUAAGCGUCCCAUAACUAAGUUAUGUGUGCUUCCAAUCGACGUUGAUUCUGACGAUUCCAUCGAGGAUCAACCUCGAGUGUCAAGCAAUUAG